CCAAACUAUAAUAAAAUUUCAAAACGGCCAUGAAAACAAAAAUGAGGCGACCUCAGACAAUCCAAUCACAGCAAUUAGUGGAAUUGUUCAAGUAGGCGCUUGUCAAAGUAAAGCAAAUUUGAAGUUUUGUUUACAUCGACGCCUACUUCAAGACAACAAACAUUAAUUCCCCAUAAAAGUGAUAACCGAACACAAAUAGGUGUUAAUAUUUUACAAAAUGCGGGAUAUUAUCUCCGUACACGCAAGUAAACAAUAGUGUUAUUCAUUCGGCGGCAUCCAAUGCUACAGGUGCGCCAAGAAGAAAGAACUGGAAAGUGACCACAACCGGUUUGAUGGGUUAAAUAACGCCAAAAUUUCAUAACUGUGAAAUUCCACCCCGGUUUAUGUGAAGAAAUCAAAGCUAUCUAACGCAAACAAUUGACGAGUUUGACAGAAGGUUACUAACCGUCACAGCAUGCUUUGUUCUGAAACAAUCGACAAUCGAUCUGUCACUUACCUUGGCGAAUAAUUGCUGCUUUGAUUGACUGUUUUCGAAAUGAUUCUGAUUGAUUCGGAUCACAAUUUUCGCGUUGGCAUCACUCGAAUCAGCAAGUGGUUGGCGCGAUGUACGACACAAAUAAUUGAUCGAGAGCGAUGGAGAAUUUGUUGUUAGAAAGAAAUGAAGACGACAGGUAUCAGGUUUAGAGAGAGAUAGACGGCAAAUUUCCCAAAAAAGACCUGACAUGAUCAUUGCAUUGUUUACAACGGUUGUAAUAAGUUUGGGUUUUGCACAGAAAGUGACUUACACCUUCCCCGAAUUUCCAUACAAAGAGACCAACAAAAAUGAGGUGAUGUUCAGGGAGGUGGAGGCCGCGUGCGAAAGGGGCUGUUUGGGUAGAACAGGCGUUUCCAAAGUUCUAUGUAUACGACAGUGUGUCUCUCCUUCUUGUUACCGUGACUUGUACCAGGCCGAUCAGUUGGAAGAAGGAGAAGUUGAUGUAAGACUGAACUCAUUUAAAGGCUGUUUUAUUCAACGAUACAACAGAUCUCGCCCAUGACCUGGCUAACAUCAAUAUAAUUGUAACAAUACAACAUUUAUAUUUUACAGUUGACAUGACAGAGCUUCCCACUAAAAGGGCACGCAAAUGAACGCAUCUCCAAAUCAAAACACUAAAAUAUAUUGCUUUGCGUAUUUGUAUCCGACAUUUUUCCUAACACCCUUCUAGUUAGAAACCCUCCUGAUACGGAACAAGUUAUACACUUUUAGUAUGAGAUGUGAAAGACUAAUAAAAAGAUAAUACAUAAUGGUUUUUCGCAUACAUUAACCAGUCGUCAAUUUUAAAUCAGGAUUUAACCCGUUUUUUAAUACUAUAUUUUACAACAAACAUAAAAACUGAUCUCUUUUAUUGCUCGUUGCAACAAUAUUAUUAAUGAAUUGUAACCACGUUUGGAUUACUAUUUGAAGGCAAUUAUUCACAAAUCGUUUACUUCAACGUUAGUCACCGAGUACUAAGAUACCACUAUGUACGUAAUGAAAAUUAAUGAAACUAUUACCUGACAGUUUAUAACAGAUGUGGAAUGAACAAUUUACGCAGACAAAAAAUUUUAGUUAUAUUUUUUAAUGUGUUACUAUAAAAGGUCUCUCGUGAAACAGCAAUUAUUUGCUGAAAUCAGUGUUCAAUAGCACUUUACCGUUAUUUGUUAUGAUAAACUUCCUCAGUGGUCGCAUUCCACCGUAACGAUUUUCGCAAUUAACGUGUUUGUGAAUUCUCCAAACAUACAGUUGGAACUUUCACGAUUGGAAUACAGUCAAAGGACAACAUUUUUACUUUCACUUCAAUUAAGAUAAGACUUUUAAUGCUAUCUUAUUUGUUUACUUCCACAAAUAUAAAAAACGUCGAUAAAAAUUUCAUUACGAUAUUUAGCAUCACUAAAUAGUGUAAGUAAAAUAAUUACACAUAACGUGACAAAUUCCGAUUUGCAAAACAAAUUACGACUUAUCACAAUAACAAAAAUGUAAAUGAAAACACGAUCGACGUUUUUUCAAGUAAUGCAACAUUUGAAUUACACUUCCGUAACUUUUUUUACUACUUAUCUAGACCUCUUAUAGUAACAUGUAGGUUUUAAUGGUGUUUUUUUAAUUAAAUUUUGACGCAGUUCACUUGAAACAUUCCUCACACCACAGUUUAACUCCAACCAACGUUAAUAAAAAUUUGUCCUCUUCAAAAUCUCUAAUCAACACCUAAAAAAACUGGUAACCAACAAAACAACUGAUAACAUAGAUAACACAUCAAAUAAGUAUUUCGUGUAAAAACUUAUAAGUUAACUAGUAAAAAGUUAUUGUACCUAUAAAAAAACAUUUCGUCAUGUUUAAUCAAUAAAUAAAAAUAAAAUUUCCAACCCGAAUAUUUAAGAAAAUAAAAUAUCAUUUAUGCUAUUGAAAAUGCUAGAAUUAAGUAAAUUCGCUAACACCUACUCUCCGAAACUAUUGCUUGUGUCAAGUCCUCUUUGGUGCAUGAAACCCCCAACAAAUGCCUCCCUUGUGACAUUCAUACUUUAAAAAAUAUAUUU